AUGGCUUAUUUUACUGAAAUCUCUCUUAUACAUAUACAUAAAAGCUCUUUGUAUCAUGAAACUAAAGAGCUAAAAGUUCAAACUUUAGCAGUUCUAAUUCUGAAUCAUCUUAAACCACAAUUAGAAAAUAAAAAACUUUCAAAUAUUCAACAAAUAAAAAUAAUAGAAUAUUUAAGUAAAGCUUCACUUAAUCUCAAAAAGAAAAUUCAAUCUGAAUUUAGCAUAGAAUCCAAUCUUGGUGUUAAACAAGUAGCAACAAAUAAUGGCACUUUCAUAUUUAAUUGGAAUACAUAUAAAAAGAUAAAAGAAUUAACUGAAUUUGCUGAAGCAUUAGAAGAUGAAUUAAUUAAAAAUGAUAAAUUACUCAAGAGCAAUAAUA